AUGUGGAACCAUCAAAACAUCAGUUUCGAAUCGGAGGGCUCACAUCCGUCUGUGAGACGUGGUGACCAUCACAGGCCCGUGAGACAAGCGCCGCAGGAUCUGAUGAGAAUGGGGUGUUUCUCCUGCCCUGGAGGAUCAUCCAGUGAUGACAAAGAAGAGAGGAAGCGAUUGAAUUGCAGUGAUAAAAAUCGAACAAAAAUCGAUGAUCAUGCAAAGACCCGGUCAGAUACUGGUCCACCUAAACUCCUGAAUAAGGGCCCUGCAGUUGCAAACCAGUCUCCUACUCAAGCCGAAAAGAGACCAGAUGCCGAGACUAGUCCUUGUAAUGGAGAAGCCAAUGCCACUAAGGCCCGGACAUUCACCUUUGACACCUUAGUUUCGGCAACUCAGAAUUUCAAGGCGGAGAAUUUUCUUGGAGCCGGAGGCUUCGGAAAAGUUUAUAAAGGUCGUCUACCGGAUAGUGGUGAGAUUGUGGCUGUCAAGCAGCUAGACCGGAAUGGCUGCCAGGGGAUUGGUGAAUUUGUGGUUGAGGUUAUGACAUUGAGUUUGGCCAAACACUCCAAUCUUGUCAAAUUGAUCGGUUAUUGUGCUGAGGGAGUUCAGAGGUUGUUAGUGUACGAGUACAUGCCGUUAGGCUCCUUGGAGGACCAUCUACACAGCACUCGACCGAAUAGGAGCAAGCUGGAUUGGAACGCAAGGAUGAAAAUAGCAGCUGGGGCAGCACAGGGAUUGGAGUAUUUGCAUGACAAGAUGGCGAAGCCGAUCAUAUACCGUGAUUUGAAGUGUUCUAAUAUAUUGCUAGGGGAGGGAUAUCAUCCCAAGCUGUCGGAUUUUGGGCUGGCCAAGGUCGGCCCCACGGGAGAUGAGACCCACGUCUCAACGAGGGUAAUGGGCACAUAUGGGUAUUGUGCACCUGAUUAUGCAAUGACUGGUCAACUCACCUUCAAAUCAGAUAUUUAUAGUUUUGGUGUCGUCCUUUUGGAGAUAAUCACGGGUAGGAGAGCCAUUGACAACAGAAGAAAUGGUUCGGAGAUAAACUUAGUUGCAUGGGCCAAGCCGUUGUUCAAGGACCGGAAAAGGUUCCACCAAAUGGCGGACCCAGCUCUUGAGGGCCGGUAUCCCGUUAGAGGGCUGUACCAAGCGCUUGCGGUUGCUGCCAUGUGCGUUCAAGAGCAGCCCAACAUGCGGCCCCUCAUUGCUGAUGUUGUUACAGCUUUGAAUUUUCUUGCUUCCCAAAAAUACGACCCAAAUGUCGACCCGGUUCAAUGCCUUUCAAACAGCACUCCUAACUCGGUUACAUCUAAAAGGGUGGCCAAGAAUACUGAGAGAGCCGACUAG